UGUGGCUGGAUCAGCGGAAAAGGGGAAACGUGUAUUAAACAUUAUCUGGUUUUCGAUCGAACCGGUUUUAUUUGAUUUUUUUCUCGUGUGUGUUUAUCUUUUAAUUAGCUGUGACGAAAUAAGAAUAUUUUAUGGAACGUAUUUCGUGCCGUGCCGCACACUGUAGAUAUUUCAACCAUUAAACGCGCCCGACCGUCGUCCGUCCGGCUAAUAUUAUACGCGGCGACUAUUAUAGCGUAUGGUCGUUUAGCGUGCACGGUGUGUUCUCCGUCCCGGCCGAAUACAUUGCGAUCCGAUCGUUUAUUUUUUACGCGCGUUUUACUCAUUUCGUGAUAGUGUUGCGUUCGUGUGCCGCCACGACCCGUCGUCAUUAAACUCGGCCCUAUCACAAACAUCAAUAAUCAUUGUACAACGAUGAUUUGUCAAUUAUAAUUAAUUAAUUAUCUCUCUCUCGUGGUGUACGGUGCGUUGAAAAAGAAAAAACUUUAAUCGUAGGGCACGCACUCACUCCGGCGGCGUGUGUGUUCCUUCUUCUUUUAGAUUGCAGAGGCGACGUUGACGAUAAAUGUAUGGACCGUUCGACGAGUCUGAAAGAAGAUUUCGCUGAAGAUUCGGUAGAAAUGGGUAAGAAAACUCAAUCGCUGGCCAGCGUCCCAAAAAGAGUCAACCGCAAAACUUCAGGUAAAGCUUGUGGUGUACCCAGAGAUGGAAAUCCCGACAAAAAAGAAGAAACAGAGCUUUUGUGGACCAACGUCGUAGAAUCUCAAUCAGCGUUUCUUGGACCGAAUCUAUGGGACAACAAAACCAUACCAUAUGAUAAUGACCUUAAGUAUUGUGACCUCGACGAAUUCCUGUCCGAGAACGGAUUGCCGGUGGAAGGCGACCACCAGAACGGAACGGCCGCUGGCAACGUCAACCCGGGCACCAUAGUGGCGGCCGGCCACCAGGGUGGCGCACUCAUGCCGGGCGCCAACAACCGCCUGUCCUCGCCGCCGCCGCCGGCUUCCAUACACCCGAUACAGCACUUGCAGACAAACGGCGUGGCCGGCGUGGGCGUCAUACUGACCAAGCGCGAACCGUCUCCGUCGCCCAGCGAACCGCUUAGCCCGAUCACCAUAAACCCGGCGUCACCAGCAGAUUCAACAUUGUCGUUCGCGUCGUCCAGCAGAGACUUUGACCCGAGAACAAGGCCGUUUUCCGACGAAGAAUUGAAGCCGCAGCCAAUGGUAAAGAAAUCAAGGAAACAGUUUGUACCGGAUGGGCUGAAAGAUGAGAAAUAUUGGGCAAGACGUAGAAAAAACAACAUGGCGGCAAAGCGAUCGAGGGAUGCGAGACGAAUGAAAGAGAACCAAAUUGCAUUGAGAGCAGGGUUUUUAGAAAAAGAGAACAUGGGCCUUCGACAAGAGAUGGAACGUUUAAAGAAAGAAAAUUUAGCACUCCGAGAUCGUCUUUCAAAGUUCGAGAUCUAAAUUAUUUCCCGUGGAUUUGUAUGCACCAUAAUACCCUUACCCUCUGUGUUUUUGAAAAAAGAAAUACCUUACCCAAAUUAUUGUUACUAUUUAUCGCACCGUUGACCGUCAGCUCGUUAAUAAACACUUACUCUUCCAACGCACCGCGGUGGUCGCCUAUAAGGAGUUGUGUAUAGAAAUGAGUUAUAUUUUAAUAUUAAUACGUUGUAGCUUAUUAAAAAAUAUGAAUGCAUAUAACCAUAUAAUAUAUGUAUACAAUAAUAUAUAGCAAAUAUUAUUGUUAUUACGCAACUGAUCUCAAUUCCAAAUACGAAAGAAAUACCACGUUCAAUAUCAUCAAACACAAUUUGUYGGACCUCAACUGCAGAUUCUCCUCACGAAGAAAACAAAUUUAUCGGUGCAACAGCACGACUGGACACAAUAUUACACAAUACGAAACAAAAUUAAUUUUCCCGAGUUUAAACUUACUAUAGCAUUUAAGUAAGUCGAUGUACAUGGUUUUUGUUGUUCUGUACAUAAAAUAGGUCUACAAUUAUUAAAUUAUUAAUUAUAUUAUUAUUAUUUUAUUAUUUUUAUUAUUA